AGUCAAACCAAAAGUUGAAGCUCCAAAACCAGCCAAUGAUCAGACAUGUACCAUUGGUCAAGAUACACAAAUAUCAUGGAAAUUUAGUGGCAUUGAGAAACCUCAUGUAACUUGGUUCUUCAACGGGCAACCAUUGGAGACUAAUGAACGCUUCCAAAUCACUGAAACCGAAGAUGGAACCUCAACAUUAUCGAUUAAAAAUGCCGAACUAACUGACAAGGGAGUUUAUACUGCCAAAGCCACAAAUGCAGUCGGCGAAACUGAAGCUAAAACGACAUUAAAUAUUGCUGGUAUUAAACCUGUGAUCACAACUGAUCUUGAUGCUACUUUACAGGCGACAAAAGGGGAAUCUAUGACAAUCAAAUUAUCAGCUACUGGCAUACCAAAACCGGAUAUUGUCUGGAGUCGAGGCAAUGAUGAACUUGCUCCAAAUGAUCGCAUUCAAGUCACUCCACCAACAGCUGAAGGAGACAAUAGCUACACAUUAACUAUCCUAAAUGUUCAACCAGAAGAUCAAGGAGAUUAUUCAGCGAAGAUUACGAAUGUUGGUGGAUCAGCGAAAUCGAAGAAAUGCAAAGUUGCUGUUAUAAAAUCACCUGAAUUUCUCGCGAAACCGACAACACAAGAAGUUCAACAGGGCGAAACUGCAGUAUUCGAAACGAAAGUUGAUGGUUAUCCGAUACCGAAAGUAAUUUGGCUUCUCAAUGGAAAACCAUUGACACCAAAAGAUGGUGCUCAAAUCGAAAUGAAUGCUCCUACGGGUGAUGCUAAACUAACUAUACCUAAAGUCGAUUUACAGCAACAUGCAGGAUCAGUCACAUGUCGUCUUGAAAAUGUACAUGGCAGCCAAGAAGAAACUGUUCAUCUGAAUGUUCUUGCUGCGCCACUGAUUACAACACAACUACCGAAACAAGAAGAAACGGUGAGUGGCAAGGAUGUGACAUUUCGCGUUGUUGUUCGGGGAUCUCCACGACCGGCCGCAGAGUGGUUCUUCAAUGAUACACCGGUCGCGCCAGAGAAUGUGUUAUUCGAUGAAGAGAAGAGUGAAUAUCAACUUCUAUUGAAGGAACCAACUGUUGCAAGCAGUGAGGGAACGUAUCGUGUUGUUUUCAAAAACGGACUUGGAGAAACCGAAUCAGCACCAUGCGUUUUAACUAUAUUGGAACCAGUAAAACUGACUAAGAUUGCUCCUACAACAGAUCUUGUUGAUCUGAAAGUCGGUGAACCGUUCGAAUUUUCCGUCGAUGUAGAUGGAAAAGAAGCUCCGAAAGUACAAUUAACAAAAGAUGGCAAAGAAGUGAAAUUCACAAGUGUCGAAGGUAUACGCCAUGUAUACUCAGUGGCUGAAGUGAAACCAGAACAUCAAGGUGUAUACAAAGUUACAGCAAAGAAUAAGACAUCAGCUGAAGAAACCAAUGUAACACUUCAUGUGACAGCCCCCUUAAACAUUACGCAAUCUUUGACUGAACAAAACGUAUUACUUGGUCAAAAUGGAACUUUACAAAUAACUUGCGAUGCUUUUCCAGUACCAAAAGUUACCUGGUUUUUUAAUGACACCGAACUAAAAAAUUCUCCUAAGCAUAAAGCUGAAGUCAAGCAAAAUGUCUUUUCGCUCACAGUCAGCAAAUGCGAUCAUCCAGAUACUGGUAUCUAUCGUGUGUUAGUCGACAAUGGUAUUGAUCAUACUGAACAAACUGCUAAAUUCAAUGUUGGAGUCAAACCAAAAGUUGAAGCUCCAAAACCAGCCAAUGAUCAGACAUGUACCAUUGGUCAAGAUACACAAAUAUCAUGGAAAUUUAGUGGCAUUGAGAAACCUCAUGUAACUUGGUUCUUC